AUGUCUCAAUCGAUUCCUUCUAGAAUGGAUACCCCCUCUUCAUCCAUCUACUUUACGAGCAGUGGAAGCCAGACACGUCUCGGAGACUCUGCAACACCUAGCACUCACAACAGAAGGCCACGGACCAGUCUCAGCCAGUAUUCGGGUUACGCUCCUUCAGGAGCCAGCACGAGACCAAGCAUAUCGCGACCUUCUACCGUACGCCCCGCAUCAAGACCAGGCACAGCAUCAGGGAGAAAGUCUAGAAAUGGUACAGCUUCUUCAAUUUUGGGUCUCAGCGAAGCGCAUAGUAUUGUAUGUGCUGUGAGCGAGGCUCGUGGUGUAUCUCCCGCCGUAGGCGUGGCCUUUGUCAAUGUUUCUAUCGGUGAAGUCAUCAUCAGCCAGAUUUGCGAUAAUCAAUCCUACGUCAAGACCAUUCAUAAGAUUCAGCUGUCAGCCCCAUCUCGAAUACUCUUCAUGUCAACUGCGUGCCCCCCAAACAACCCGAGUACCUUGUUCUCUCUUGUGCAAAACCUCAUCCCUGAAGCUCAAAUUGAUGCACUGGACCGUUCUGCAUGGUCUGAAACAGAAGGUUUGGAGUACAUCCAUAACCUAGCGUUCAAAGAUGACAUCGAACCUUUGAAGGUGGCUACCAAAGGCAAGUUCUAUGCCAUCAGCUCCUUUGCAGCAGCAAUGAAGUACAUUCAACAGCACUUCUCCAUCAACUUUGUGCCACACUCACUUCGUAUUCAAUAUCGACCAUCCGAGGACACAAUGAUGAUUGACAUCUCGGCCAUUCAAUCUCUCGAGAUCAUGCAGAACUUACGCAGCUCAAAGUCCAAAGAGUCUCUCUUCGGCUUGUUGAAUCAUACAUCAACUCCGAUGGGCAGCAGGAUGCUUCGAAGUAACAUUCUCCAGCCGCCUACUCGUCCCGAUUUGUUUAUCGUUCCUCGAUAUGAUGCCCUCGAGGAGUUGACAACCAACGAGGAAAUGUUCUUGGAGAUUCGGAAAGCUCUCAAGCUCUUUCAUGACACAGAAAAGCUCCUGACUAAGUUGAUCAUUGUUCCCACAUCUGCCGAUGUCCAGCAAGUUGAAGAACAGAUUAACCAAGUGUUGAUGAUCAAAAGCUUUCUCGAGUCCAUUCCUGAGGUCUACACGGCAUUGGGCCCUGCCACAAGUGUUUUACUUGUCAAGAUUCGAGAACUUUGUCGCCCCGAGAUCACCAGUCAAAGUCUCAACAAGAUCCGGCAGACCAUUGAGCCAGACGUCACUUACAUGAAGUCUGCUCUAGAUCUUCGCAAUCAGAGAACCUUCGCAGUCAAGGCAGGUAUCAGUGGCAUGCUUGAUGUUGCUCGGCAGACCUACAAGGAGCUCACGGAAGAGAUUCAUAAACACCUCGAAGCAUUGAAUGAGGUACACAAGAUUGAAGCUAGCCUUAGGUAUGAUAACGGGCGGAAGUAUUGGUUGCGCUUGCGAGCAGCAGAUUUUGAUGACCGUCCUAUACCUGAGCUGUUGAUCAAUGUGGUCCGGAAAAAGGACAUGAUCGAGUGUCAAACACUUGACCUGCUCAAGCUCAAUCUGAGACUUUCUGAUACAACAAAUGAAGUUGUGAUCAGAAGCGACAGUGUUAUUCAGGACUUACUCAAGGAACUUCGUUAUGAUGUCCCACAUCUGUUUCGUGUCUGCGAGUCGGUUGCGCUUAUUGACAUGAUUUCGUCCUUCGCGCAGCUGGCUACCACAAGAGAUUAUGUGAGGCCUGACAUCAGCAGCACAUUAGCAUUAAAGGCAGCGAGACAUCCUGUCCUUGACAAGAGUAUGAGCGGCAAGUUCGUACCCAACGAUUACUACUCCACAGAGCAGUAUUGCUUCCACAUUGUAACUGGAUGCAAUAUGAGUGGUAAAAGUACCUACAUCCGCGCGGUUGCACUACUUCAGAUCAUGGCACAGAUUGGAUCUUUCGUUCCUGCAGAGUAUGCCGCCUUUUCCAUGAUUCAUAGCAUCUUCGCCCGUGUCUCGUUGGACGACAAUAUCGAGAGCAACCUUUCGACGUUCUCCGUCGAAAUGCGUGAGAUGGCAUUUAUCCUGAGGAACAUCGACGACAAAAGUCUUGCUGUGAUCGAUGAACUGGGGAGAGCCACGAGCAACCGAGAUGGGCUGGCAAUUGCGAUUGCCAUGUCCGAAGCAUUGAUCCAAACCAAAGCAUCUGUUUGGUUUGCGACUCACUUCAUUGAUUUGACAAAAGUGCUUGCGGAUCGCCCGGGCGUUCUCAAUCUGCAUCUCGCAGUCACAAGCUCUACAACUGAAGAUGGAUUACCACAUAUCACAAUGCUCUACAAAGCCACAUCGGGUGCCAUCAGAGACGAAGAGCACUAUGGCAUCAAUCUGGCUCGGGCGAUCGGCCUGCCUCAGAGCUUCAUCGAGAAAGCAGAAGAGGUGUCAAAGGAUCUCAAGAGGAAGCGAGAAGCGAGCAAGCGGACCUCAGAAUCAGCUAAGCUUAUAGCCAGGCGAAAGCUGAUUCUCAAUCUCCACGAGGCAUUAAAGCAGGCGAAAGAAUCGGGCAGUGAAGAAGCUCUUCCAGGGUAUCUGCAGCGACUUCAAGAGGAAUUUGUCUCCCGUAUGGAGGAGAUUGAGAGCAUGUAG